UAUCCUUUUACUCCUCUCUCUCUCUCUCUCUCUCUCUCUAACAUACCACUUCGCCUACGCUCUUUCCCUCUCUAACCAUAUCCAGAUUGAUCCUCAAUCCCAUGUGGUGGAAUCAUGCAUUUCCAAAUCCCGAUAAAUUUCGACAGAGAGAUAGGCUAUAUAUAUAUAUAUAUGUAUUAAUUGUUCUGUACACUCAUAGACUGGUAGAAAGAGAGAGAAGGGUCCUGUGGUAGAGAGAGAGUGAGGUUUCUCCAUGGCAAUAUAGAGAUGGCGAUUUAGAAAGAAUAGAGUGAGAGAGAAAGAGAAGAUGGGUAGUGAGAGAAAGGGGGAUAGAAACAAUUACCUGAUUAUCCGACCAGAAAAUGCAGGAAUUGGUGAUAUUUACAGGUUUCUGAGGGCAAGAGAAGGGGUAAGGAGCACUCCUUUCCUUGAGACUUCAUUAUCAGAUGGAGGAGAAGAAGAAGAAAUGAUGGGCAAGGACAACCGUUGGAUCAUAAUCGUCUCCGUUAUAGUCCGCAAGAUUAUAGGGUUUUUUGGGAAGCCCAUGGAGUGGACUGGUUUAGUGGUGGAGUUUUUCUUGAAUCUAUUGUCUCAAAAUGGGGAUUUGCUCGGCCUCAUCACUAAUAUCUUCACAGGGAAGUUGGUGAUUCCACUAAUGGACUCAGACACAUAUAUCAGUACAAUCGGGCAUUUGGAUGGACGAGUGGACCUCGACAAACGAGCACUACAAGAGUAUUUUAAUUAUGAGGGAGAUGAUAAUAAUCAUAAAGGUAGUUCUCCUGAAAUUCACAUGGAAUUUGAGAGCAAAGCCAUGGCUGAUCUCUGUAUGAUGGCUGCCAAAUUGGCCUAUGAAAACCAGUAUGUUGUGAGAAACAUAGUCACCCACCACUGGAAGAUGCAUUUUGUGGAUUUCUACAACUGCUGGAAUGACUUUCAAAAGGAUAAAUCAACCCAAGUGUUCAUUCUCUGCGACAAACCACAUGACGCCAACCUGAUCAUGGUGAGCUUCAGGGGCACUGAGCCUUUCGACGCAGACGAUUGGAGCACUGAUUUCGACUACUCGUGGUACGAAAUCCCAAACUUGGGCAAGGUCCAUAUGGGCUUCUUAGAAGCCUUAGGCUUAGGAAACAGGGUGAAGACAAGCACCUUUCAGUACCAUCUUCAAGCCACAAACCUCCCACUAAAUGGUGCACACCACCCUACAAAUGGUAAAUUAGAGGACACCCAAUAUCCAGUAGAGGCCAAAUAUGAAGGCAAUGGCAGAGAGGGAAGAGAGAGUGGUUUAGAUGAGAAGGAAGGGACCAAAGAGGAGGGAGACAUUGAUUUUUAUGAUGGGGACCAGCCCAUAGCAUACUACACAGUGAGAGAGAGGCUUAAGGAGCUUCUUACUGAGCAUAACAAGGCCAAGUUUGUGGUCACAGGCCACAGUUUAGGGGGUGCCUUGGCCAUACUAUUCCCUGUUGUUCUUGAGUUGCAUAAGCAAGAAGAAUUGAUGGAGAGGCUUUUGGGGAUCUAUACUUUUGGCCAGCCAAGAGUGGGGGAUUGGCAGCUUGGUAAGUUCAUGCAGGCAAGAUUGGAGAGCCCUGUUACAAAGUACUUUAGGGUGGUUUAUUGCAAUGAUCUUGUGCCUAGACUUCCCUAUGAUGAUAAAACUUUCUUGUAUAAGCACUUUGGGGUGUGCCUCUACUACAACAGCUUUUAUGAAGAGAAGAGUGUAGAUGAGGAACCAAACAGGAACUACUUUGGGAUCUGGUACUUGAUACCAGAGUACCUGAAUGCAUGGUGGGAACUGUUUCAUACCUUGACCAUAGGUUACACAAGAGGUCCAGAGUAUAAAGAGGGCUGGCUUUCAAUUUUGCUUAGAGUUGUGGGACUGGCAUUCCCAGGAAUCUCAGCACAUAGCCCAACAAACUAUGUCAACUCCAUAAGGUUGGGGAGACCUCCCAUUUAAAUGAGCUCUUUUUGAAGGUUAUACUGGUCUGCGUCCUCUUUCCGAAUCGAAGAUGGUGAAUCAAGGUGUGUUUCCUUUAAGUGUUUGUGUGUAUAAAUCCAGAGUUUUGGUUUUGGGUUCUAAAACCGACUCAAGGAUAUGAUUGAGAACUCUUGUGAGAAAAAGUUGUUAAUAAGUCUUUGAUUCUUUUUCAGUUAAUGGAGAUUUUCUCCUCGGUUAGUGUGA